AAGAAAAGAAAAGAAAAAGAAAAGAAAAGAAAAAGAAAAGAAAAGAAAAAGAAAAAGAAAAAGAAAAAGAAAUAUGCAGAAAAGGGGAGCAAAUGGGAAUUAGGGUUUACCACUGCUGGAUCACGUGGGGGACGCAUGGCUUCCCAGAGAGAGUAAGAAAAGGAGGCAACCCUUUUCUUUUUCUUUUUAUCUUUCACAAUCACGCUGAGAUCCAACGACACAGUUCACCCUCACGCGCUCUCCUAUACGCGUGCAACCCACACUCCCACUUCUCUACAUAAAUAAACUACCACAGUCUUCAUACUCAAAUUGCUCGCCAAUCAUCUCAUCAUUUCCACAUUUCACCGCUCUUUGCUCUGCAACUGCCACGGAACCGGCAUCUCAAUCGCCUUCCACUUUCCACAUUUCACCGCUCUUUGCUCUGCAACUGCCACGGAACCGGCAUCUUCAUCUUCAUCUUCAUCUUCAUCUUCAUCUUCAUCUUCAUCUUCAUCUUCAUCUUCAUCUUCAACUCCAACUCACAUGGCGCAAAUGUGGCUUCUCUGGUGGCCAAAGAACUCCUCUGCCGCCGCCAAAACUAGCACAUCCUCUGCCACCGGCGCCGUAACUGCAACUUCGCUCGCCACAAAGGUAUCCUCCUCGCACUGCAACCGCAUCGCCAAACUGUUGCGCAAACUGAAGAAACGCGGCAGAGUACUCUGUAGCACAACUGGAGAGAGCAGCAGCAACUUCCAAUGCCGCUACGAUCCUUUGAGCUACUCUCUCAACUUCGACACCAGCGGGUGCGGAAGCUUGUUAGAUGAGCACUACUAUCAGUUCUGCGCUUUCUCCUCGAGAUUCGCGUCCAAUCCAGGAACUGUUUCUCGUCCUGCUCCUGAUGGAACAGUCACUGCUUCUCGCUAGCGCGAUCUCUAUCCCUAGCAUUUUUCUUUUCUCUUUCUUAACCGAUCUUUAACUUGUAUGCAACAUUAGGGUGAUUUUGAUUUAUAUAUAAAAAUAUACCUGGUU